AUGGAAUUGAUUAAUCAAACUUUGGUGAACGGGAGUUCCGGGCAACGUGGUGGUAUAAAAACCACGGUCGAGUUCACGACAGAUCGCAUAUUAACCAUCCUCACGCUCAGCGUGUUUAUCCCUUGCAUCAUAGCAGGAAAUAGCCUGGUGAUCGCAGCCGUGUUCAGAACCCGUCAACUUCGUUCAGUAACAAAUAUAUUUGUGACCUCCCUUGCUGUUACUGAUGGCAUAGUUGGUGCAGUAUGCCUGCCUAUCUAUAUGGCUUUCAUGAUCAAAGGAAAGAUGUGGUUUUAUUUCAAUCAUCCUGAUUUCCAACAAGCAUGGAUAGGCCUCGAUACAAUAACUGGCGUGACAUUGAUUGUUCAUCUCAUGGAUAUAAGUAUAGAUCGCUAUACUUGUAUUCAUUAUCCAUUCACAUACCGUAAGUUAAUGUCGAGAAGAAAGUCUGGGGUGUUGAUUGCAUUUAGCUGGUUAUAUGCUUUCUUUAACUACUCCUUGACUCACAUCCCAGAUCUUUCUCCAACAACCAGAAUUCUGGUGUUAACGGUCAUAGCAUAUCUAGUUCCAUUGUGUGUAACAAUAGCCGCUUACGUGAGCAUCGCGCGUGUGGCAGGGAGACAGGUCAGACGAAUCAAAGGUCUUGAAAAUGACAACAAAAGCACUCUCGCAUUCUUCCUCAAGGAGGUGAAAGCAGCAGGAGUGUUAGCGGCCGUGGUAUUCGCAUUUAUCUUGUGUUGGUCCGGAACAUUUAUCAUGAACAUAAAGUUCGUCAUAUGUCGUCAUUGUUCGAGCUGCGACUGCGCAGAACCGACAUCAGAGGUGAUCAAUGCUGUGAAGAUGCUCCAGUAUAGCAGUAGUCUGCUAGAUCCGCUCAUAUACGCGUCCUUACACAAAGAUUUUCGUAAAGCUAUUAAGAAGAUUUUAUGCGGACGUUCUCGAAACAACGGUCUGCUUUUGAGCGGCACGAGCAGCAUGAAUACUCGAAGUAUGAGGUUUACUACUCAAGAUUCCGACAAUUAUGAGGAGAUGAAAUUGCAAGAAAAAACUACUUAA